CCCCGCCCGCCCGCGCCGCCCAGAAUGACGGUGGCGUCGGGCGACAACGCGGACGAGAGCGCCACCCUGCCGGGUCACGGGCAGGACGAGGCGUGCGAUGGGCACGAGUGCUGCGAGCGCGUGGUCAUCAAUGUGUCGGGGCUUCGCUUCGAGACGCAGCUCAAGACGUUGGCGCACUUCCCGGACACGCUGCUGGGGAACCCCGAGAAGAGGAUGCGCUACUUCGACCCGCUGCGCAACGAGUACUUCUUCGACCGCAACCGGCCCAGCUUCGACGCCAUCCUCUACUACUACCAGUCGGGCGGCCGGCUGAGGCGCCCCGUCAACGUGCCGCUGGACAUGUUCUCGGAGGAGAUCAAGUUUUACCAACUGGGCGCCGAGGCCAUGGAGAAGUUUCGCGAGGACGAGGGCUUCAUCCGCGAGGAGGAGCGCCCCUUGCCGGACAAGGAGUUCCAGCGGCAGAUCUGGCUGCUCUUUGAGCACCCGGAGAGCUCGGGCCCGGCGCGAGGCAUCGCCAUCGUGUCCGUCAUGGUCAUCCUCAUCUCCAUCGUCAUCUUCUGCCUGGAGACGCUGCCCGAGCUGAAGGAGGACGCGGGCGAGCGGCGGCGAGCGGCGACCGCGCCGGCCAACGCCACGGCCCGGCAGCACGGCGCGGGCGGCGACGUCCUGGCGGCCGACCCCUUCUUCAUGGUGGAGACGCUGUGCAUCAUCUGGUUCUCCUUUGAGCUCCUGGUGCGCUUCUUCGCCUGCCCCAGCAAGACGGCCUUCUUCCGCAACAUGAUGAACUCCAUCGACGUGGUGUCCAUCAUCCCCUACUUCAUCACGCUGGGGACGGAGACGGCCGACGAGUCGGGCGGCGGCGAGCAGGCCACGUCGCUGGCCAUCCUGCGCGUCAUCCGCCUGGUGCGCGUCUUCCGCAUCUUCAAGCUGUCGCGCCACUCCAAGGGCCUGCAGAUCCUGGGCCAGACGCUCAAGGCCAGCAUGCGCGAGCUGGGCCUGCUCAUCUUCUUCCUCUUCAUCGGCGUCAUCCUCUUCUCCAGCGCCGUCUACUUCGCCGAGGCCGAGGAGAAGGAGUCCUACUUCACCAGCAUCCCCGACGCCUUCUGGUGGGCUGUGGUGUCCAUGACCACGGUGGGCUACGGCGACAUGUACCCCGUCACCAUCGGCGGCAAGAUCGUGGGCUCGCUCUGCGCCAUCGCCGGCGUGCUGACCAUCGCGCUGCCCGUGCCCGUCAUCGUCUCCAACUUCAACUACUUCUACCACCGCGAGACGGACGGCGAGGAGCAGGCGCAGCUGCUCCAGGUCAGCCGCUCGGCGGCCGACCCCGACGACGCCUCCUCGCCGCUCGCCCAGUCCCAGCGCGCCGACAACAGCAUCGACAACUUGCGCGACGCCAACCUGCGGACCGCCAACUGCGUGGACUCCGCCAAGAUGCGGACGGACGUGUGAGAGAGGCGCCGCUUCUGGGACCUUUAGGAUGCGCGCGGCGUUGUCGCCGGCUCGAGACGCCACGCGUUUCAGCCCGGCAGGCGCACUUUCCAAAACAACGUCGCUCUCCUUCGCAAUACUCUUUAUUUGGGAUGACUUUGGCCGAUUGCUCACCAAAAAACGGACAAAAAUGAUCCAAUGGACUUUUGGAUUUGAUUUUGCAUAAAUCCAUUGAGGGGGGGGAAAUCAUUUUUAAAGGUGAAUAGAUUCUAAAAAUAGUUUUGAGAUCAUCGAAAUGUGAUUCAUUUGCUGAUUUCAUUCAAAUACAUGUCAAAUGUUUUUUAAUGUAAUGUAUUCUCAAUGGGUCCAUCCACCAAUGAAUGGAAGGAUAUAAUCAAAACUAAUUUUAAAAAAUGAAUAAAUCCACAAACGACCCCAUAGUUUAUUUUAUAACAACUUAGAAAAACGUUUAAACGUGCAUAUAAAAUGAUUAGAUUGGUCAUUUACAUGAAUGACAUUCACCGGUUAUUUGUGAUGAAUGAAAGAAAUGUUUGAAAAUGAAUACAUGUGAAAUUUUGAAGCUUUAUUUUUAUAACAGUCAUUCUCAUUUUUCCAAAUAAUUUGUUUAAAAUGGAAUUACAAUAAACUAUUCAAACGAAUAAAUGUAUUUUAUAUUUUUA